CUAGGACAACUUGCACAGCCAAAGAUGGAAUUCUUAGAAGUGUUACAUUUGUGUGUAGUCGACAAGGAAAUAAAAAGAGCAAAACACAAGAUGUGUUCCACCCGAGGCCAACAAUGCAAUUGGGAUGUGAAGCUAGAGUAACUGCGUCAUGUGAUGGUGAUGGAAUAUGGAAGAUCUUCGUUGUGCAGUUAUUGCAUAACCAUGACUUGAGUCCUACGAAAUCUAGAAUAUAUCGUUGUAAUCGUAGUUUGCCAGCCAGUGUUAAAAAGCAGCUUGAGGUUAAUGACAAGGCAGGAAUUCCCUUGCACAAGAGUUUUCAAGCAGCCGUUGUGGAAGCGGGUGGGUAUGAAGAACUUGGCUUUAUAGAGAAGGAUUGUCGAAAUUACAUUGAAGAGUUUAGACGAUUAAGACUUGGUCUCGGAAAUGCUAGCACCAUCACUCCACAAUUGUCGGGCUUAAUGUUUAUGUAUGUGAAGAGAGAUUCACAUGAGUUUAAGUGCAUGGAAGUCAGAAGAAGCAUAUUACCUUUUCAACGCCAGACCAAUCAAACUUGCUUAAGAACUUAUCCUUAGACCAAACUCUUUCAUUAGCAUUCAUACAUAGUAAGCGGUUCUAUACAAAAUAAACAUAAGACUUUUGAACAUAUCCUUAUCAUUAACACAAUCAAAAUUUAAGAAAAAUGGCCUAACCACAAACACUAGUCCAACAACAAUGAAGUUCUUGCACUCUAUCCCAUUGAGAACUUCCAUCAUAUUGUCCAUAAUAGCCUCCAGAUGCUUAACAUAUAACAGAAACCAGUUAUUAAAUGUCAUGAUAUGGA